GGUUAACUUGGAACUCUUGCCAUGUUAAUCCAAAUAAAUCCACCAAAACAUACGUUUUUAUUUUUUUUAAAAAAACAAAAAGUUGGCGUCUAUAUAUGUAUCUAAGCAAUGCAUCAAUAAUUUGAUUUACUUGUAGCUGUUACUAAUUUGAAGCCAGCCCAAAUCUUGAUUUCACUGUGGUAUCUAAGUACCAAAAAAAAAAAUGGAUCUCCCUUGGUAUUCUCUUCUAAUUCCACUGCUUGUUUUCAUUUUCUUUCUUCAUCAAUGCUUCUUUACUAAAUUCAACAUUUCAAAAAAUUUACCACCCUCUCCAAGAAAGCUUCCCAUCAUAGGAAAUUUGCAUCAACUCGGGUCGUAUCCUCAUCGUUCUCUCCAUAAACUAUCGAAAAAAUAUGGUCCGGUCAUGCUACUUCACUUGGGCAGUAAGCCAAUGCUUGUUGCUUCUUCUGUAGAUUCUGCUCGCGAUAUCUUGAAAACUCACGAUCUCAUCUGGGCAACCAGACCUAAAUCCAGCAUUGUCGAUAGACUCACGUAUGGCUCCAAGGACGUGGGGUUUAGUCCAUUUGGUGAAUAUUGGAGGCAAGUUAGAAGUAUUGCUGUGCUUCAUCUUCUUAGUAGUAAAAGAGUACAAUCUUUUCGUGGUGUUAGAGAAGAAGAAGUUGCGAACAUGAUUAUAAAGAUCAAGCAAAAGUGUGAUUCUUCGAGUUCAGUGAUAAAUUUGGGAGAUCAUUUAUAUUCUCUCACUAAUAACAUAAUUUGCAGAGCGGCUUUAGGGAGGAUAUACAAUGAAAGGGGAAGUGAAAUAGAUGCAAAGGCCAUCCUAGAAGAAUUGCUUCAACUUUUGGGUUCUUUUAACGUUGGGGAUUAUAUUCCGUGGCUCGAAUGGGUCAAUAAAAUCACUGGUCUAGACACCAAAGUGGACAAGUUAGCUAAAAAAUUGGACGCCUUUUUAGAGAGUGUGAUUGAAGAACACAUUACUAGGAACAAGAAAAAAGAAUGCAGUACUGGUGAAGCUAAAGACUUCGUGGACUUUUUGCUUGAAAUUCAAAAUGGAAAGGACACUGGCUUUUCUCUUCGAAGGGAUUCAUUGAAAGCUAUCCUCUUGGAUUCGUUUACUGCUGGAACGGAUACAAUAUAUACAACUCUAGAUUGGAUAAUGGCGGAGCUUUUGAGGGAGCCAAGGGCCAUGAAAGCAUUACAGAAUGAAGUGCGGCGAUUAGCUCAAGGAAAAUCAGAGAUAACAGAGGAUGAUCUAAAAAAUAUGCAGUAUCUGAGAGCUGUUAUCAAGGAGAGCCUCAGGCUUCAUCCACCGAAUCCACUAUUAAUUCCUCGAGAAUCAAUGAAAGACGUGAAAUUAUUAGACUAUUAUCACGUACCUGCUAGAACUCAAGCUAUUGUGAAUGUUUGGGCGAUCGGAAGAGACCCCUUAUCAUGGGAAAACCCAGAGGAGUAUCGGCCAGAAAGAUUCUUAAAUAGUCAUAUUGAUGUCAAAGGACUAAACUUUGAGUUCAUUCCCUUCGGAGCAGGCAGAAGGGGCUGCCCAGGAAGUACUUUUGGUAUUGCAGUAAUUGAGCUAGCUUUGGCGAGGCUUGUGCACAAGUUCAACUUUGCAUUACCACAGGGGAUAAAACCGGAAGAUUUGGAUAUGACUGAAAGCAUCGGCAUCACUACUCGUAGGAAAUCACCUUUGCUAGUCGUGGCCACUCCGUGCUCUAGUUAGGAGUUUUGCUCCAUUUCUUACUGUCCACAUCAGUGAUUUUAUUCGCCAAUUUUAUCAAUUAAAUGCAGUUACCAGCGUUGCUAGCU